GUGGUCGCUGCGUCACAAUGGCGGCGGCGGCGGGAAAUGCGAGUGAGGGUCCGAGUGGGGAGCGUCUGAGGGGCCGGGCCGCCAUGGACGCCCCGAGCUGCAUGAAGGCCCUGCUGGUCGCAGCCAAGGAGUACCGCGCCGCCAAGACGGCGCACAGCGCCGCGCUCCUACAGCGCAACCUGGAGGUUAUCUCUGGACUGAAGCUUACCCGUUUUUUUGCUUCAAACCAGAUUUUACCAAAUGAAUGUCUCAGUUGCCUUGUAGAGCUCCUGGAGGACACUAAUAUAAACCCUACUCUGGCCUUGUCUGUAGUUACUUUGCUAUCACAGCUAGCUUCAGACUCGGAGACUAGAGAAGCUCUCCAGGACGCCUACAAUCUGACCAGCGUACUUGCAGGAGUGGUUCAUCGAAGUUCUACUAAUCUGAGUGACCCAGUCUUAGUACAGGGUAUUCAGUUGCUGCAGAGACUAACCUACAACGUUCCCAUCUUUUGUGCUGGUGCCAACAUCGAUGGAUUAAUUUUGUUUCUAAUGCAUCGUGUUCAAUCCACUGAAGAUGAGUUAACAAUACCGUGUUUAGGACUCCUGGCAAACCUUUGUCGUCACAACUUGUCUAUCCAAAGUCAGAUAAAAUCUUCGAAUAAUGUGAAGAGUUUCUAUCGUACCUUAAUAAGUUUCUUGGCCCAUAGCAGUUUGACUAUGGUUGUGUUUGCACUUUCGGUAUUAUCAAGCCUUACCCUAAAUGAAGAAGUAGGAGAAAAACUCUUUCACGCUCGAAAUAUCCAUCAGACAUUUCAGUUAAUAUUCAGUAUUGUUGUAAAUGGAGAUCCUCUAACAAGAAAAUAUUCUGUUGAUCUACUCAUGGAUCUUAUGAAGAACCCCAAAGUUGCAGAUUAUCUUACCAGAUACAAGCACUUCACCUCUUGCCUUGGUCAAGUAUUAGAUCUUCUUAAUGGAAGGGAUCCUGAUUCAUCAUCUAAGAUCUUAGAGCUGCUGCUUGCCUUCUGCUCUGUGCUAGAAUUGCGUCACACCCUGCGGCAGGCGAUACUGCAACCAGCUGGCUUGCCAGUCUCUGGAAACACCAGACUUGUGACUCGCUCUAAGAGUUUGGAACCAUCUGUUGCAUUGGUGCACUUGUCAAACCAACCAUUGGAAGGCUCUGAAGACUGUGCAGGUCUAGCAUUGCAACUGUUCAAAGAGAUUUUUGAGGAUGUUAUUGAGAAUAAGAAUGGCGAAUCAGCUGAACACUUUAUGGAUCUGUUGCUGCCUGUUCUUCUUGAUCAUCUUCAGAUGCCAGAACAGAUUGUGGAUGAGCUAUUAGUGAAGAAAAAGUGUGAAAGAAUGGUCAAGGCCAUUAAUGUCCUGACAAUGCUCUGCAGAGAUGACACACUGAAAAUGCAUGUCUCAAAGGUGCUGACAGCCAGCCAAUGCACAUGUCUGAUAGAACACCAGUUUCCUUACAGUGGGAUUGAUACUGGUUUUGGGACAAAAUUGGUGGACUCUAAAAUGUGCAAACUUGCUGCUGAUAUUAUUUUGAAAAUGCUUGAUCUUAUGAGCAGAUUGCAGGAGGAUGUACCUGGUAUGAAGGUCAGCUUCUACAAAAUGUUAGAGGAUCAGCGUUUGGUUACACCUUUGACAUUUGCUUUAACAUCAAACCAUGCAGAGCAAGUCCAAGUGGGGCUUAAAAUACUGCUUGAGGCUGCACCCUUACCAGAUUUUCCUGCCAUAGUGCUGGGUGAAAGCAUUACAGCAAAUAAUGCCUACAGACAGCAAGAAAUGCAGCACACAGCUAAGAGAAUCCAAAUGCAGUCACCUGUGACCAACACUACUUCAGUGACGUGUUUUUCAUCUUAUCCUUCAAGUAAUGAAUCCAAAGCUUCAAAUAUUGAGGAGUUAAUAAAAAAACUUCAUUCUGGACUAGAGAUGAAGGAGCCCUUGGCUGAUGUGAGGAUAUCUGACAUAAUGGAUGUCUACGAGCAGAAGCUGUCAGCGUUAGCAUCCAAAGAAACGAGGCUGCAGGAUCUUCUGGAAGUAAAGGCAGUAGCUCUGGCUCAGGCUGAGAGGCUGAUGGCUCAGUACCGGUGUCAGAGAGCCCAGGCUGAGUCUGAGGCAAGAACUCUUGCUGGAAUGCUGAAGGAUACUGAAAGAAAAAAUGAAGAGCUUAACGAUUUGCUGAAAGCUCAACAGGUAGAAUCUGAAAGAGCACAGGCUGAUAUUGAACAGCUCUUUAAACACAACAGGAAAUUGCAGGCAGUUGCUGAAGAGCAUGAAGUACUAAAAAAAUCCUCUCUUGAUCUUCUUCAGAGGUAUGAAACAACAGAAAGACAAUAUAAAGAUCUGCAGAUUACAUGCAAUUCACUAAAUAAACAAGUGGAAGCAAUGACGAAACUAAAUGAAUCACUCAAGCAGCAGAAUGACAGGACUGCUGCACAGUUAAUAGAAAGUGAAGACCACAAAAAUGAAUUACAGCAACAGCUACAGGAGAGUAAUGGCACAAUAGCAACCUUGCAACAGAAUAUAAGUGCUCUGGAAGAAAAAAUAAAAACUCAACAGAAAGAAAAAACAGAUAUGGAACAAACUAUCAAUAGUCUAAGAAAGGAAUUAAGGGAAACACAGCAAGCAAGGGAAGAAUUGAGUGUCAAGGCAUCUUCUCUGGAAGUUCAAAAAUCCCAAUUGGAAGGAUGCUUAGCAGAAAAAGAAGCGCUUGUAAAUCUGCAGAAAGAAGAAUUGGACAAACAUGCCAGCAUGCUUGCAGUAAUUCACAAACUAAGUGGUGGCAAGCAGAAACAGUGAACCUCAGUUUGCAGGGCUCUGUUUCAUUUGCUCUGUAUUCUGUUAAGUGAGAUAAAUUAUAGAGGUGACUGCCAACUUUAUACACAACACAUGCAGUUUGGUUGCCUUUUUUCAUAAUGCAGUUAUUGCUUAGAAAGGGCAUCAACAAAAAAAAAGUGUUAUCAGAGCUGCAAAAUUAAGGGAUUUUGCUGGAGUUUUGCAAACUCAGUUGAGAAAGAAACUGUCAGUGUAGUAAGUUAAAAACUUUCAUAAAUUUGUAGACAUGGGUUCUUUCCUUUUAAAUCUCUUGGUCAU